ACAAAAAUAAUGGUGGCAGUAAUACCCGAAAAACCGAAAUCUUCACUUAAAUAUAUCGAUUCUGAGAAAACAAAUAUAAGUAAAGAUUCGAUUGUUGAAGAACCAAUAGUUACUGCGGCCGUUAUUACAAAAGAUGAUCCAAAUUUACCAUGUUUGACAUUUAGAUUUUGGGUUAUGAGUACGUUUUUCACAUCGCUUGGCGCAGCAAUAUCCCAAUUCUACUAUUUCCGUCCGAAUAUUGGAUUUUUUUCCAUCUUUUUUGUGGUACUUGUAUCUAAUUUUAUUGGAAAAUGGAUGGCAAUAGUACUCCCGACGAGAAAAUUUCGAAUUUGGCGAUGGGAAUUUAGUUUUAAUCCAGGUCCGUUCAAUGUCAAAGAACACGUUUGUAUAACAGUAGCUGCAAGUACUGGAGGUGUAUCAGCUUAUGCUACUGACAUCAUUGCCAUACAAGAACUUUUCUAUCAUCAGACCAUCAAUUUUGUUACAGGUUUCCUUUUGCUUAUGAGUACUCAAAUUUUGGGAUAUGGACUCGCAGGAUUUCUUAGAAAAUACCUAGUUCGCCCGGCAAACAUGAUUUGGCCGUCUAACCUUGUAUUCGCGUCCAUGUUCAAUACACUUCACGGCAAUGUGUCCGAAACGCGUGAUAGAAUUCGAUUUUUUUCUGUCGCGUUCUCCUUUAUGUUCGUUUGGCAAUUUGUGCCGCAGUACAUGUUUACUUGGUUGACAAGUAUGGCUUUAUUAUGUUUGAUAGCUCCAUACGAUAGGUUAAUAAAUAGGUUAGGAAGCGGUUAUCAUGGUGUAGGAAUUUUGAAUUUUACAUUAGAUUGGAAUGCAAUUGGUCAAGCUGGACCGUUAUUUACUCCAUGGUGGGCCCAAGCGAAUUACUUUUUCGGUGCUAUUGCUGGUGCAUGGGUCAUUGCUCCACUUUUAUAUUAUAACAAUGUCUUGGAAGCACAGAAAUUUCCAUUCGUGUCUAGAUAUUCUUUGGAUAAAUAUGGACAAAGAUAUAAUCAAACGGCAAUCAUCGACAAUACCGGAUCUUUAAACAUCACGGCUUAUGAGAAUUAUAGUCCAGUAUAUUUAUCAGUUACCUUUGCCUUUUCUUAUCUAUAUUCCUUCAUUUUGAUUACUUCAACCAUCAGUCAUGUAUUCUUGUUUUAUGGCAAAGAAAUUUGGGAAAGGUUCAAAGCUAAAAUUCCAAACACGUGGUAUUUUCUAAUCUUUGUCGUUAUGUUAUUAAUUGCCAUCACCCUUGGAUAUACAACGGAGGCGAAUUUACCGUGGUGGGGGCUGCUUUUAGCUGUUGGGUUAGCAGCAAUCUUUGUGCUUCCAAUCGGUGUAAUUCAAGCGAUCUCUUUUAAUCAAGUUGGAUUGAAUGUGAUAUCUGAAAUGAUUUGUGGUUAUAUCCUUCCUGGCCGUCCUAUAGCCAAUGUUUACUUUAAAUGUUAUGGUUUCAUGACAAUGAGUCAAUGUCUUCUCCUUGUUUCCGAUCUCAAACUUGGUCAUUAUAUGAAAAUUCCUCCACGUUCUAUGUUUGUUUCUCAAAUAUAUGGUACAGUCAUUGGAGGCAUCAUAAAUUUUUGGGUUUUAAAACUUAUCCUUAUAUCAAAACGACCAUAUCUUGACGGAACAAUGGAUGAUCCAACCGGACAAUGGACAGGAUUUAGAUCACAAGUUUUUAAUACGGCAUCAAUAGUAUGGGGUUUGAUUGGACCGGCAAGAACGUUUGGCUCGGAUUCCAUAUAUAACCCACUUUUAUGGGGAUUUUUAAUUGGGUUCAUUGCACCAGUUCCGUUUUAUUUAGUACAUCGAAAAUUCCCAAACCUUAGGCUGGAUUUAGUAAAUAUACCAUUAAUUUGUACUGGACUGCAAUUACUUCCUGAAAAUUAUUCAAACUUUAUCAUUAUGGGAAUUUUUGUAAGUUUUAUGAGUCAGUUCUAUGCCUAUAGAUACAACCAUCGAUAUAAUUAUGUACUCUCUGCUGCAUUUGAUAGCGCGGCACAAAUUGUAACGAUGAUUAUUUUCUUUUGUCUUAAUGGUGUUAUUUUGGCUCCGUUUCCGGAAUGGUGGGGGAACGAUCAUGCAACCCAAGGUGAAAGAUGUUUUGCUCAAGAUAAAUAA